GCUACUCUUCUGAUUACAAAGCUGGCGGUUCCGACGACUCCACGGUCCGGUUCUUGUUGCUGCCUGCUGCAACCAUGAAGAGGUCCUUUGCGCAACUUUGAGCGUUUCGAAAAGAAGAGAAGACAAGGUUCCGUUUCGGAGAAAGACCUGCAUCCUCCUCGCCUACACUUCCAACAACUUUUACCCCAUCCCAUCGUGGAUUUCCGGUUCCGAGUUACUGACCGAGAGUGUUAUCCGUGCGUCCGGAAGAGGAGAACCGAACCCCCAGCCCAGCCCAGCCCUGGAUUCACUACUGCUGAUCAAUGGACAGAACCUCCUCAGCGGCCAGCAGCGCUACACACACGCCGUGAACAACUCUUUCUCUCUGACCGGAGCUCCUCUGGGGGUCUGGAAGAGGAUGGAGCGAGGAGGGGAGAGUCCCAUCACGCAGGACAGUCCUGAGCGCAGAGGUGGUGGAGGCAGCAGCCCAGACAUCGGCAGCCUUCCGCCACCGGGGAAGAAGGGGCGCCUGGAGCUCAACGGCAGCCCCACAGGGCCCCGCCUGCGCCACAACGGGGCACCGCUGAGACCCCUCGGAGGUCUGAUGAUUCCCGUGUUCUGCGUGGUGGAGCAGUCGGACGGAGGGAUCCAGGUAGAUGGAUGUGAUGGAAGGGAGGAGCAUGCAGAGUUUGUCCUGGUGCGGAAGGACAUUCUCUUCUCUCAGCUGGUGGAGACGGCCCUGCUAGCCCUCGGCUACUCGCACAGCUCGGCCGCACAGGCCCACGGCAUCAUCAAGGUGGGGAGGUGGAACCCUCUGCCCAUCCACUUCUUGACGGACGCCCCAGAGGCUACAGUGGCCGACAUGCUCAUGGAGGUCUACCACAUGGUCACUCUACGUAUCCAACUACAAAGUUUUUCCAAGCUGGAGGACCUGCCCUGCGAGCAGUGGAACCAUGCGACCGUCAGGAACGCUCUCAAGGAGCUCCUGAAGGAAAUGAACCAAAGCACUCUGGCCAAAGAGUGUCCUCUGUCGCAGAGUAUGAUCUCGUCCAUUGUGAACAGCUCCUACUACGCCAAUGUCUCCACUAGCAAAUGCCAAGAGUUUGGUCGCUGGUACAAGAAGUACAAGAAAAUCAAAGUGGAUUAUUUGGAGAAGAUGUGGUCUGGUCGAGAUCCCACUGACAUCAAAAUCGAGCGAGACAAUAUAGCCGAAUUCUGCAUGCUCGGCCAAAGACCUCCUCCUCACUUGGCCGGCCUGGCUCAGCUGGGUCACCUAGGGGGCGGCCUAAAGGCGGGCUCCGGAGAUCCGCAGGCGCCCUCCCAGCCUCCCCAGCAGCCUCCUCCACCCCAGCAGCAGCCCUCACCCCAUGGUCCCCUCCACCACAGCCCCCCACUCCACGCGGGACAGGUGCCUGCUCCGCCACCUCCCCACCCGCCCGGCGCCCUCCAGCCCCUGCUGGGCCCAGGUGGGCUGCUCUCGCCUCAACUCUCCCCACAGCUCGUGCGUCAGCAGCUUGCGAUGGCCCACCUCAUCAACCAGCAGAUAGCCGUCAGCCGCCUGCUGGCCCACCAGCACCCGCAGGCCCUCAACCAGCAGUUCCUCAACCACCCGCCCAUCCCACGGGGCUCGUCCAAAGUUGGUGGCGACCACCCUGGGAGCAACCCCUCGGCGGCUGAAGUGUCAUCGGAAAUCUACCAGCAGGUCCGAGACGAACUGAAAAGAGCCAGUGUCUCUCAGGCUGUGUUUGCCCGUGUGGCCUUCAACCGCACACAGGGUCUGCUGUCAGAGAUCCUGCGGAAGGAGGAGGACCCUCGCACAGCCUCACAGUCGCUGCUGGUCAACCUGAAAGCCAUGCAGAACUUCCUCAAUCUGCCCGAGGGCGAGCGGGACCGGAUUUACCAGGAAGAGCGGGAGCGCACCAUGAACCCCUCGGUGGGCCUACCUGCCUCCAACUCGUCCAGCCCCAGCACUCCUCGCCUCUCGCAGAAAGUGUGGGAGAGGAGCUUGGACGAGCAGAUAACGCCUGAUACCUGGGCCUCCAUUUGGAAGAACAAGAAUAAGAUAACCAACUCGCAAAAGCCAUCAGGCCCUGCCCCUGACCUACCCAUCAAGCUGGAAUCGCUGGUGAACAUCACGUCGGGCAUCUAUGAUGAAAUUCAGCAGGAGAUGAAGAGAGCCAAGGUGUCCCAGGCUCUGUUUGCCAAGGUGGCAGCCAACAAGAGUCAGGGUUGGUUGUGCGAGCUUCUCCGCUGGAAGGAAAACCCCAGCCCGGAGAACCGCACCCUUUGGGAGAACCUGUGCACCAUACGGCGGUUUCUAGCACUCCCGCAAACCGACAGGGACAUGGCAUACGAGGAGGAGUCGCGACAUCAUCACAGCGAGAGGCUCCACACUGUCCUCCACCUGCCGCAGGACACACAGCUCUUUUGUCUGUCUCGCCAGGUGCUCCACAGACCACCUCCAACCCAAAUGAAGGAGCAUCGCUUGUCUCCAAUGCGAGAGGAGCUGCUAUCUGCCCCCGUUACCGAGGAGGGUGCUCAGAAUGCGAUGACAGGAGCCGGAGGUCCACCCAGUAGUACUGGUAGUGCUAGUAGCAGUAAGAAGCCACGAUUGCGCACAAAGAUUUCCCUGGAAGCCUUGGGCAUCCUGCAGAGCUUCAUCCAGGAUGUCGGCCUGUACCCAGACCAGGAGGCCAUCCAAACCUUGUCGGCACAACUCGACCUGCCCAAGCACACCAUCAUCAAGUUCUUCCAGAACCAGCGCUACCACGUGAAGCACCACGGGCGCCUCAAGGAACUGAGUGAGGGGGCGGCCGCCAGCGGAGGCGUGGACGUCAGCGAAUAUCGGGAGGAGGAGUUGCUCUCGGGCUCUGAGGAUCCGGAGUCCAGUGAGGACGGGGCAGAGGAAAUCUACCCGUCAGAGGGGAGUGGUAGUGGUGGGAGCACUGGAGGGCUGAGCCAGCCUCCCGCUUCCUCCAACUCAAGCCAGGCGUCCUCUGGGAACAGCUUGGUUCAGGAGGAAGGCAAGGACAAGGGGCAUGCCCGGCCAAGUGGCCCCCUAGCUCCAGGAAGCUCCUCAUCUAGUCCCAGAGAGCAGCCGGACUACCAGAGGUAGAGACGGCUCAACAGAAUAACGGAGAAACAAUGAGGGGAUUAGGAAAGAGUUUAAGACAAUGUACAGUUUAUGUAGGCACAGGAAUCCCAAACCACUGGCCAGAAACAUUUCAUGUUGACAAUCUAACUUUCUACUUUGGCCCUCUGUGUGAAUGUGAAACAUCUCUGUAACUUUUCAAGGUAGAACAACUCAAGAACCACCGAAGAUCCAGAAAAAUGUGCUGCCAGGAUAAGAUUAGCUCUAGCCAAAGACAAUUCUAUUCCUCUAUUAACUCUGAGCAGCACAGUCACAUCGGAUCCUCGUGGACUUGAGCUUUGGGCCUUCGGAGACCUCUCGUAAAAACCUCAGGACACACGCUCUCGUGUUGCUAAUGCUGUUCCUUGCCGGAGAAGACUAACCGCGCAUCGUCACAACCCCUUGAGAAUCACUCCCAAUCCUAUCUAGCACUUAGGACUAUUUUGUGGAUGUGAUGUACCCAUGCUAACCCUCGCACCCCUCAAGCUCCAUAUUCCCCCGCCCGAGACUCACAAAACUGUGAGGUUAAUAAAUGAACCACAUGAAGAGCGAUGGACUGUUUUUGCAUGGGGACCAAAGUCAAGAGGACAUAGCAUGAAGGGACACUGUCCCUCCCUGGCACCACCCACGUGUGGCAAAAAAGCCAAAAAACAGAGAGACUCGUGCGAAGAUUCAGCAGCCAAGCAAUCAGUCACUUUACGAGUCUAUCCCUUCCACGCUUUCUCUGAAUCUAACCCCUCUCCUUUUUCGUCUAAUUGAUGCCCACGGUCUUGUGUCUAACCACACCUACCCGCACUUAAACUUCACCAACCCUAUUUAUUGCUAUCUUUAUCCAUGAUUAUUAUUAUUAUCAUUAUUGUUAUUAUUGUUGUUGUUAUUAUGGUUAGGAUUGCUAAGUGCUAUUUUUAAUUUGUAUUUCCAUGCUGUUUUUUUUCCAACAAGCGCAAUUAUUUUGAUAACAACAAAGAAGAAUCUAAAAAAAAAGAAGCAGUUACUGAGUGGUAAAAAAUAAAUUGCUGUUUUGUGUUUUGUUUUGUAAAAGCAUCCAAAAGGACACGUACAAAAAAUGGAACUUGUGCUUUACAUUGCUGCAGUGGAUGACAAUCGACUAUUUUGAGCCAUGACAGGAAAACAAAACGUGGCUAGUCUAUUUCUAUUCUUCACUGUUAUUGUCUGUAUAUACCCCAAAAGCGGGAUAAAUUGUUAUCAGUGUAUGUCUAUUUUUUAUUUUGCAGAGUGACUUUAAGUGUUUAAGAGCCAGUUUGCAGAAGCAGUUUUUCUCUUUCCCGGAAAUCAGUUUUGUUGUGUCAGCCAAAUGCCAUCGUUUGGAGCAUUUAAGAAGAAGGACUCCAGAAGAAGAAGUGAAAACUGUUUUGUGUUCAUUGUCUGGUGCAGUGGUUGUACACACAUGUUCAGAAUAUUGUGACAAUGGAUAGUUUUUCUCAUGAGCGUCUAAGUCGGCUGCUAAACUCCAACGGAUGACCUGCCUUCUAAUUAUUAUCACGUCAACAUGCGGAUCAGAUAUUGUUGCUUUUCUGUAAGACAGGAAUCAGGGUGAAACACAGUUCCGAUGAAAUAGUUCAUUCAGUGUUGAAGUGAAUAAAA